AUGGCUCCCUACUACAUGUUCGGCAAGAGCGUCAGAUCCGCACACCCAAUGAUGUCUAGUCUUUUCUGCAGCAAUCAAGGAUUUGUUGCAGUAGCUGCCUCACAUUUUGGUAGAAGACUCAUCAGCAGCAGCCCCAUAAUUCAACCAGGCCAAGAUGAUUCUACAGUCUCUUACCUCAUUACCUCAUAUGGGCUGCCCCCAGAAGGCGCCAUUAAAGCAUCCAACAAGAGUGAGUUCUCAGAUACCCAGAUCCCAACUCUUGUACGGAAACACCCAUGUAUUCUGGUAGCCGAUACCCAGAAAACCCUUUUGCCAAAGCUUGAAUUCUUCUGCUCCAUAGGAAUCUCAAGGCUCGACCUUGCAAAAAUACUGACCCACAACCCAUGGGUCUUGUCUCGAAGCAUGGAAAACGUCAUUAGGCCCGCUUAUAGUUAUCUUCAAAGCUUGGGGCUCUCUGAUGUCAAGGUCGUCAAACUUUUGAAGCGCAACUCAUCGAUUUUCGGGCCAAAAUCCAAGAAUGUAAUGCACAAUAUUGGGUUUUUGAGGGAGUUGGGCAUGCCUCAGUCCCGUAUUGCCCAGAUGGUAACACAUGAAACUCGUAUGUUGACGUAUACGUCUGAAAUGUUCAGUCAAUUUGUGGGUCAAGUCCAACAAUUGGGAUUCGACCGUCGAACGUCAAGCUUUGUGCAAGCCAUGGCCGCAUUAUGUGGAAAAGAGACGACAUGGAAACGAUGUGAAGAGGCUUAUAGGAGUUGGGGUUGGUCGGAUGAUGAUAUUCUUUCUGCCUUGAGGUUGUGGCCAGUGUAUGAUGGCGUCGGAGAAGAAAAUAACGGCAACAAUGGAUUUCUUUGUGAACAAGAUGGGUUGGCAUGCACACAAGAUGGAUUGAUAGAAGAAAAGAAGCUCAGUUUAUCUGCUUUAUCUCCGAUUACAGAGGAGGAGUUCUUGAAUUGGUUUGUCACCAGAUAUCUCGACCAAGUACCUCAACCUUUGAAUGUAUUCCAUGGCAAAAUGGAUGCGCAGCAGGGUCGGAUCUACAGCUAUGCAUGGGAUGCUCAAGCAUCCCCCAACUAA